GGCCUUUUUCUUUUCUCGACGCUAUGUAAUUUUAUUUCACCGCACCUUUCGCUUUAUUUACUCCUCCGAAUCCUUCUUCAUUUCAGCCGUCUGCCUCUGACCGUCAAAUAAACCCAAACUCCUCUCCACCUCUCCCUCUUCGCUCUUUUCGUCCUCUUUGAUCAAAGUAUUGGAAACCCUUACCGCGAUUUAGGCUUUGUGGAGCUCUGAUGGAGGCGCCGGAGUACAUCCAUGGAGGUUACUACAGGGCGGGGACCCCCCAAUUCGCGCCGGAGAAGAAGGCCGGCAGCGGAGGGGGGGAGCAUUUCAUGGUGGAGGAGCUUCUGGACUUCUCGAACGAGGAGGAGGACGAGGUUGGGUUGGCGGUCGGCGCGGAUGACGCGGGCUUCGAUGCCGCUGCUGGGAACUCGACGGACACUUCCACCGUCACCGCCGUGGACAGCUGCAGCAACUCAUUCUCCGGCUCCGACCCGCAUUUCGCCGGCGACCUCGUCUGCCGGAGCUUCGCGGACGCCAGCCUCUCCGGCGAUCUCUGCGAGCCGUACGAAGAAUUAGCCGAGCUCGAAUGGCUCUCCAAUUUCGUGGAGGAGUCCUUCUCCAGCGAAGACAUCCAGAAGCUGCAACUCAUCUCUGGAGUCAAGUCCUCCUCCACCUCGUCGGAGAACCGGGCGGAGAUUUCCGCCAACGCGGGCGGCGGUGCCGCAGGCCGCGCUGCCCAGCCCGCCCUCUUCCGGGCCGAGGCACCCGUCCCCGGCAAGGCCCGAAGCAAGCGGUCCCGCGCUGCCCCUUCUAGCUGGUCGUCGAGGCUCCCGGAGUUGUCUCCGACGACGACGGCAUCGUCGGCGGAGUCGGAGCUGAUCGUUCCGGCGGGAAACUUCCCCGGGAAGAAGGCGGCGGCGAAGCCGGCGAAGAAGAAGGAACCGUCGGCAGGACCCGCGGUGGCGCCGGCGGCGGACGGGCGGAAGUGCCUCCACUGCGCCACCGAGAAGACGCCGCAGUGGCGGACGGGGCCGAUGGGCCCCAAGACGCUGUGCAACGCUUGCGGGGUCCGCUUCAAGUCCGGCCGGCUCGUGCCGGAGUACCGCCCAGCAGCGAGCCCCACCUUCGUGCUCUCCAAGCAUUCCAACUCCCACCGGAAGGUCCUCGAGCUCCGCCGCCAGAAGGAACUCCAGCAGCAGCAGCUCCUCCAAGCCGGCGCCGCCGCCGUCUACGACGGAAACACGGGCGGCGCCGGCGAUGACUUCUUGAUCCACCACCACCUCGGACCCGAUUUCCGGCAACUCAUCUAAUGGUGAUGAGAGCUCGCAAAAUCUCAAAAAAUUCUCAUGUAGGGAGAAUUUUAGUAGCGCUAAUUUGGAUGAAUUUUCGUAGAAAAUUCUAGGCUCCCAUUUUUGGGUUCUGAAGCAGUUAUCUUGUGCUUGAAUUUUCGUUCUUUUUUUUUCUCCUCCCUUCCUAACCUUGGUAAUCUAGGGAGAAUUCUAGUAUGUACUCCAGACUUAUCUUUUUAGAAAAAAAAAAAUCAAAAAAAUCUAAAAUU